AUGCUCCACAGUGCUUCCAGGAAGCCAAAAAUUCCCAUUUCCCAGGUCCGAAACGGAUUAGUGUGUCACCCGACGCCACCACCGAAACGGCCACCGGUUUCUCAAAUCCUCUGUGGGCUCAUUGUUGGCCUGAAUUAUUCGCUCGCAGCCCUGUGCGAGGAUGCUCUCGGCUCGCCCAUCCGAGUCUAUCCGUGCUUGUUUGCCAAAGUGAACGAGCUGAGCGAGAAUAAGCUGCCGUUGUUAUCGAAAAGCUGGUUCAAAGUUUUGUUCAGAUUUCGUGAUUGCAAGCUUCCUUCUCCCGGACACCAAGAACGAGCACCUGAAUCUACGGCUCGCAGUUGCACCGUGAGUUCAGCUAACACCUUCACAGAUCCAACUGCUGGCGGAGAUUCUGGGAACUUGUUCCAGGCGGACGGUCUUCUAGUGGAGGCCACUCCGCUCAAGUCGAUUCUCGAGGUGAAGGUCGGCGGUCAACCUCCAGGGCUUCUGGCGGUACGCGAAUCCGCUCAAGGGACGUGCCACCUCGUUGCGCGACGCUGGAAAUCAGCCAGAUUGACGACCCGAGCAUGCUGCACCGGUCUAAGCACCUCUAUCCGGGUGGCCCCGACGCCGAGUAACAUGCUAACGGUGGCACCGACGCCCAGCAGUAACCUGCUGCCCCGCGGACAUCCAGGACGACUAGAUCAGAAUAACCGAAAUUCCGUAGUAAACCACUCAAACAAUUGCUUUGAUUUUGUCAGCGACGUCUUCCUGAAAUGCAGCAACGCAACGCGAAUCCCGGAUAUCUCCACCAUCUCCACCUUGUCCACUGCCACUCACAAGUUCAUCUAG